AUGGUCUUCUUCUCACUUGUGUUCUACUGCUGGAGUAAGCUCGGUAAUACCACCCGACCAGUACGAAUCGUCCAAGAAACUCAAUGGGAAGCAGUGGAGGAGGAUAUUCACAGCAAGGCUACAAUACUCGACCCCAGACAAACACCUGGGCCCCACCCGCACCCCAAAUGCAACAGAAUGGAUAUGCCGGAUAUGCCGCUGGCUGGGACCAGUCCGGUCAGCAAACCGCACCGAGAGCUGCUGCUGGUGGUGGUUAUGAUUACUAUAACCAGCAAAGCUCCCCAAACCCAACCACCUAGCAUCACCGUGGCGGUAGUAGAUAGGUCUGGUUAUAGGUACACUGGAUAUAAUGAAACCUCUGAUGGUCAAACUAGUUUAUAUGGUGGACAAGGUGAUACCACUACUGCUCAAUCUCCACCACCUGCAUCUGGAGUUCAAUCUGGUUAUGUUCAGCCUCCACCGCUUGCUGCUGCUUCAUAUCGUUCCUAUGGGGCUCAGCCGCCUUCUGGAUAUGGAGGAUAUGGACAAAAGCCUCCUGUUACUCCACCGGAUUAUGGACAGCCGCCGCCACACCAGUCUCCUAAUUCUUCCCCACAAGGUGGUGGCUAUGCCCAACCAGCUCCUUAUAGUGGUUAUGGGCAGGCGGAUGCAAGCGGUCAGCGCCCUCCUUAUGGUGGUGCUGCUGCUAGGUAUGGCCACGCAGCGUAUGGGCAGCAUCAUAUAGAGGCUCAUAUGGUGGUGGUUUCCCCCAGCAACCUCCUGCAUAUGCCGGCGAAGCGGUUGCUCCGGCAACCGAAGCAAGUCAUGGUAGCAGUGGUGGUGGUGGGCAAGUGUUGGUGCAAGUGUUGA